AUGCUGUGCCUGGGAGGCGGAGAGCCUGUCGAACCCACCAUCGGCGAACGGAUCUUCCAGGCACUGGCAGCAGGCAGCAAUGUCGAUUUUCCAACAGUGACGGAAAUCUGUGAUCGAGUGGCAAAGGAACCUCGAGAGGUACCCGAGGCCGUGAGGCUCCUCGCUGGUGCCUUUGCCGAGAAGGGUGGCCUGCCCAGAAGGAAGCUCAAGGCGCUGACUAUUAUGAAUGAGCUUCUGUACGACAAACGGGCAGAGGCUGAGCUGCGGCAAGUCCAUGGCGUGCGCGAUGCCUUAUGGACACUGCAGGCAACCUCCAACAGUGGACUUGGCCCUGAAGCAGAUGAGCAGAUUCGAAUGUUUGCAACGGAGGUUGAGAAGAAAUGUUUUGGAGCCACCGGUGAUCCUUUCGCGGCGCCUGCAUUGGUCCCCGAGGAUCCCUUCACGCUGCCUGUGGCAAGUACGGCUCCUGCUCUGGCCCCACUGGCAUCACUUCCACUUUCGCCAGCCAAAGACGCGGGCUCCUCCAUGCUAGGUGCCUUGUGGCAGGUGGGUUCUCAAUUGGGCUCGGUGGUCAAAGCGCAGGCGAGCGGGCCGAGAGUCGAGAUUCCGAGAAUAGCUGUGAGGCCGGGGGUGGUGCGCCCUACACUGGAUGUCAGCUUUGAGGGUCUUCUCGCCGGGGAGAAGGUUCACUAUGCGUUCAAUCCAGCGGUUUUGCUCAUCAACAAACCCUUUCGAGAAGUUCAGGGCCGGCUCCUGAUCUCCAACUACCGACUGAAGUUCCAGGUUCCCAAAGGGACCUGGAAGGACAAGUUGGCAUGGAUUGGUGAGAAGCAGGUUUUAGAUGUCCCUCUGGGCCUCGUGGAGUCCCUGGAGCUGGAAGCUCCCACGUCGCAGGCAGGAGCCCAGCAAUGGCGCCUGGUGAUUUCUACCAAGGACUUCCGCAGCAUCGUAUUUCUGCUUCCGACCGGGAAGGAGCUGGGGCAGGCUGAAGAAGCCGUCAUCGCCCUGUCACAGCCAGGUCCCGCCUAUACAGCCGCACUUUUCGCUUUUCAGCAUGCCGCCUCCGUUCGGGAGCAAACUGGAAGUAGCCGAGAUGACGGCUGGACAUUGUUUGACCCACGACGCGAAUUCGAGAGGAUGGACGUCGAAGCUUCCCCCUCCUCCGCCUCUGGCUGCCCGUGGCUGCUGAGUAGUGUCAACAGCACCUACCAGCUCUGUGAAACUUACCCAGCAUUCCUGGCACUGCCGCGCUGCAUCAAGGAGGAGGAGUUGCGGAGCGUGGCAAGCUUUCGGAAACGAGGCCGUCUGCCCACGAUGAGCUGGUGCGGCGGGCGGGCCCGCGGCUUCGCCUCGCUUUGGCGCUGCUCACAACCCACCGAAGGGCUCAUGGGCAACAACUGCCAGUCUGACGAGAAGAUGCUCGAAGCCAUCCGGCUUGGCGCCACUGCUGGGCGCAACCGCGAGCUGUUGGUGGUCGACCUGCGUCCCAGGAAGGCAGCCUAUGCCAACAAGGUUGGCGGCGGCGGCUUUGAGAGUUACACAGGAUGUCGGCUAGUAUUUGGUGGCAUUGACAAUGUCCACGGCGUGCGCGACGCGUGGAAGAAAAUGGGGCAAGCUGUGGCAAACCUCAGCAAUGACGAGGUGGGCUCGUGGUUCCGAGAUGUUGCGAAGUCUGGCUGGUAUGACCUGAUUGGUGCCAUCUUCAACUGUGCGCAGAUGGUGGUCCACGAGAUAGAGAGUCAGCAGUGCAAUGUCGUCAUCCACUGCUCCGAUGGCUGGGACCGCACAGCACAGGUUGCAUCCGUUGCAAUGCUGUGUAUGGAUCCCUACUAUCGCACGCUGCAUGGCCUGCUGGUUUUGAUCCAGAAGGAGUUCUGCUCUUUCGGCCACUGCUUUCGAACUCGACUGGCAAAUGGAGAGAAGCCUACCAGUGAGUAUAGUCCCGUCUUUCAUCAAUGGCUGGAAUGCGUGUACCAGCUGCUCUUGCAGUUUCCAACUGCCUUCGAGUUUACUUCAGACUUGCUGCUCUGCCUUGCGCGGGAAGCCUUGACGAACCGGUAUGGGACCUUCCUCACGGAUUCUGAAAGGGAGCGCACGGAGCAGGUCCAGCCUCACACUUUAUCGCUGUGGACGGCAAUCCUGGAGUCAGGACCAGCCGCAGAGUACAUCAACACCAGGUACGAAGCUAUGGGUGGUUCGCUUCGACCAAGCCCUACACAGGUCAACUUCCAGACCUGGGAGGACUAUUGGUUUCGCCACCGUGUCCAUCCGAAAGAUGAGCUGGACAAAAGGUUCCUGUACGUGAUCAUGGAGCGGGUAAAAGGUGGUGAGCUGUUUGAGGCUUUGAAAUCCGAGCUUGCACUCAUCACCGAGCAGGACGUGGCGAGGAUAGGCCUGCAGCUUUUCAAGGCCCUCGAGUAUCUGCACAGCUGUCGUGUUGUCCACAGGGACAUCAAGGCCCAGAACAUCCUUUUGACAGAGCCGCCGCUGCUCCCUGGCAGAGCGUUGUCCAAAGCCGACAUCAAGGUGAUCGACUUCGGCCUGUCGGCUCGGUUGCCGAGGGAGUGCUGCUGGCGACCAAGUGACCGUGCUUUUGAUAUUGUUUGUGGGACGCCGGCCUGCUGCGCGCCUGAAAUCUGGGCUACACAGGAAGGCGCGGUGCCCAUUUGGAAGAAGCGCUUCGGCUCCAGGUAUGGUGCCAAGGUGGAUGUCUAUGCUGCCGGAGUCGUGCUGUACAUGGCGCUUCUGGGUCAGCUGCCCUACCAUGCAGAGAACUCAUUGAAGCUUGCCCGACUUGUUUGCAGCAAAGACUCGUUUCCAAGCUUCGAGUCGAAGGAUGGUAGCCACAAGGUUUCAAGCAGAUGCAGGGAUUUCCUUUCCAGACUGCUGGAGAAGGACCCAAACAAUCGUUGUACAGCGGCGGAGGCUGUUCGCCAUGCAUGGCUCUCUGGACGCGUAAAGAGAUCUCUCCCACAGCCGAUCCCUUUGCAGGUUCGGAGUAGCGCAGCGGCACAGGCAGAGGCCUCCCUUGCACACUGCCUCCCCGAGUGCGAGCACCACGCCACGCCAAAGGAGAAGAGCGAGCGUGCCCUUGCGCUGGCCCAGGCACACCGUGAUUGGGUUCAGGGGCUGGAGCUAGCGAGUGACUCAGAGUCGGACUCUGAGUCGGACAGCUAG